UGUUUAUACUCCGCUCAAAGCCAACCGUGUAGCACAGUCCUCUGGACAAAUAGAGGUGCUAAAAAGGACAAAGGCGAGACAGAUGAAGUAUUGAAGUUUGAGGAUGACACACAGGGCGCUGAGCUGUGGGUGUGGCAUAUUUAGGAGAUGGAAAGGAAGUCUUCUGAAUGCUCAACGAUCUUUUAGUUCUGACGUACCUGACAAAUUGUCGCACGGAUUAUCGAACGAAUCUCCAGAUGAGGGGCGAGAGGUAUCUUUUGUAGAUAUUUCUAAGUUAAUGAGAUUGCGAAGUUUGAAUGAUUCUGACAAGAACUCAAAGAAGAUCGUUAUCAUAUUUGAUUGGUUAUAUGCAAAGCCUGCUGCCGUCGAUAAGUACUGCAAUUUGUAUCACGCUAAAGGUUUGGAUGUCCUUACUGUGAAAGGCCGCCUGGCACAUUUUCUGUGGCCACCAACAGGAUAUGAACUUGCAAAGAAAGUACUCAAAUUUAUUUUUCGCGAUAAUAGAGACGAGGUUCUUGUUCACGCUUUUUCUGUAGGAGCAUACAUCUAUACUCUCUGUCUCAUGAUAUCGAGGCGUGAACCAGAACAAUACGGAGCUUUUCGAGAUAAGGUCAAAGGUCAAGUCUUUGACAGCGUUGUCGUUGGUUCUUAUGACCAUAUGUCGACAGGGAUAGCAGUGGCGCUUCCUGGGACUAAUGCUUUGAAGAAACCCAUUCUACAAAUAAUGGAUGUCUACUACAACAAGACCAAGGAAACGACCCGUGACGAAUACGAUAAAUUAGUAGAUUUAUUCAAGGCCGACCCUAUCACGGUCCCCACUCAACUAUUUUACAGCUACAGUGACCCGAUGUGUUAUGUACCGGCCAUGGAGGAUAUCAUAAAGAAUUGGCACCGUUGCCAUCCGGACUUUGAUGUGACCAGUAAGUGUUGGAACAAGUCUAUUCACGCUGCACACCUCAAGUGUCACCCGGAAGAAUACCUACAACAUUGGGAAGAAUGGAUACAAAGAACCAAGAUUACACAGGAUGAAUGACAAUGCUUAUUACGAGUUGCUCACGACAUAACGAAAUGAUAAUAUUUAUAAUCUAGCACAAACCUCUUGGGAAUCUCAAGAUUUUGCAACAGAAUAGCGACACUAUCGUGAAUGGCUGCGAACAAUACUCUGACUGCCAAUUCUUAUAGACCCUAUGAGAUACUGUGCUAUUUUCUGUAGUAUUAAUCUAAGUUUGGUAUUGAUUGAGGUGGGUAGAAAUAGUUUAGAAACAGGAAAGAGUGAAUUGUAAUUUGUGUUUUGAGGGAAAUAUCCAUUUGAUAGUGUUGUCUUGUAAUGGCAUUGGACACAGUCACCUGUAGUUAUUUUCCAUUUUUAAUACAUAAGCGUUGUAUGUCGAUUUAUCUGAUUUCUCCAUAGGACAUGUAAGUUUGAAUGAAGAGAGAAUUGAGAUACAAAUUCAAGCGAGAGUCAAGUUCGCAUUUUCUAUGAAACAAUAUAAUGCAAACAUUGACUAUUGAUAACUUUCUAACAAGCUGGUAUGACGAUAUAUCUGGAUAUAUGUUAAACAAUUCUUGUAAAGUAUCUGUUUUAUGAACACUUUCUCUUUUCUCUAUGGAUCUAUCAAAGUGUACUCAUUUAUCGUGUCAACGGUGCGAAUAUUGGUCAUUCUUACAGCAUUGACCAAUUAACUGCCACAGUUUCAAUCAUUCCCGAUGAUAACGCUCGUUUUAUUUCAAUAUAUUUUGUUAGAUCGAAAAGAUUUAACGGAAAUUAGGCUACAGGCAAUGCCUAUACACAAUACAUGUACAAGCCCUCUUCCUACCGACCAGACCAAGGUAUCAUGACAAAUACGUUUGAAGUAGAAUACAUGUCUUCUAAAAAAAUUGUGGAGUUAAGUAAAAUUGUGGUUGAAUUUGAACAAAUUUAGCCUAAUGGAUCUUUACUGAAUGAGAUCUACUAAGUACCUUUUACAUUCCAGGUCUUUCUACUGUCCAUAUUACUUCAGUACGAGGUCCAUACGAUUGAUGUAAUCUCUGGACAGUCACUAUGUGAUGAUUUCAAUAUUGUAUCGUGUGAUAUUGGAUAGUGGAUUAAUUCAAUCCCUAUGUGGGUCAAGGUGUAAUUUUUCUUUCAUAUUUUUACCUGUUCGGAUUGAUCCACGGUAUCCAUGUCUUAUUCCCAUAGAAAAAUAUUUCUUGUCUUUAUAUUAUUUUGUUAACCUCUUGUUUUAGAAAUAAACAAUAAGCUGAA